CGCUACCGCUGGUCAUAUAAAAAAUGGCCGGCCCAUCGGCGUGAUACGCAACGCAGUGACCGCGCUCUUUGCCAUAUUCGCGCACGCGAUGGAGCCGAGAUACGGACGGAGUUUCCAGCGGGUGCCCGGACGACCGUGGGACGCCCGCUGAGUCGUCGCGACAGCUGCAUCGUCGCGCGUGCCGUCGCGCGCCAAACCGUGUAUGGCCACACCAGCUGCAGAAGUAUGCUGAAUACUGGCAGUAUCAAAGUGGAUCAUAUUGGCAUGUGCUGGCUGCGAUUGUUUGCUUGGAAACACAUCGUGGAGAUGUUUUAGAAGAAGCCUGUUUGCCGUAAAAUAAGAAAGGAGGAGUACAAAGUUUAUACAGAUCUCCAUCAUGUUGGCCACGGAGAGCGUUUGGAACGCGACAGUCCUCCUGGCCGUCUUCCUGGUUCUGGUCUCCGAAGCAUCUGGACAUCCUGUCGAGGGACAAGAUGGGCUGGAGUCUGGAGGAGCACGGUCCUGGAUUCCAGCCUGGAGCAGCGUGUCCGAGUCGAUGUGGGUGAUCGGAGCGUCCGUGUGCUUUGCUCUGACGGCGGCCAUCGUGGCCUCACUGGGCUGCCUCUGCUGCCGCAACGAGAGCAUCAAGCUUUUGGGCACGCGCAAUGGCGUCAGCGUGCCGCACCUGCCACUGGGCAGCAUGGCCCAGCAGCGGAGUAGCCUAUCACCCGAGGUGACCAUCUUCCCUCCAGCCGCUGCCGCACCCCGCCUCGCUUUUGCCACGCCCCCGACAACCUUCGAUGACAAGGUGAGCUUUGAGCCGCUCCCCAAGAUCUUCCCUCGGCUGCCGGCAUCUCCAUCCAAACACCCCUUGCGACCGGCCCACUACUCGGGCGAGCUAGGCGGCACUCCGAGCUCUGUCCACGACUGGUUUGACGAUCCACAGGCCAACUUUCCGCGGGAACGGCUGCAGUACCUGCAGGAGCUGGGCGUCGGCUGGUUCGGACAGGCCGUGCGUGGAGAGGCGCAGAACCUGAACAACAGUCGAUUCGGGGACGAUGAUCAAACUAUCCCUGUGACCACCACGCCGGUGGUGGUGAAGAUUCUUCGCUCGGAUGCGACGCCCACCGAGCACAUCUGCUUCCUGCACGAGGUGCAGCACCUCAGGCUUCUGCGGCACCCGCAUCUUCUUCAGCUGCUUGGUCGGUGCCUCGAGUCAGAUCCAUUCUUGCUCAUCCUCGAGGACUCUGUUAUGGACUUGAAAGCGUUCCUUCUGAGCAAGCGCCCGGAGGCAGAGCCCUUCCUGCAGGGUCCGAUUCCCUUGCAAGCUGCCUGCUCCAUUGCGUCUGCGCUGGACCACAUGCACAGGCAUAGCUUCGUGCACGUUGACUUGGCGGCCCGCAGCUGUGUCAUCGAUCGAAACCAGGUUGUCAAGGUUGGUGACUAUGGCACUUCCCUGCAGGCCUAUAAAGACGACUACCACCUGGUGGGUGAGGUGGCUGUGCCACUGCGCUGGACAGCCCCCGAAUCUCUGCACUGCACCGUUCUAGCACUGGAAGCCCGAGAACUUACAAAGGAGGCCAAUGUCUGGAGCUUUGGGGUGCUGCUGUGGGAAUUGCUGUCCCUGGGAGCCCUGCCGUACGAGGGCCUGACGGACGAAGAGGUCUUGAGGAGGGUGGUGGUGCAGCGCGACCUGGUGCCCACCAGGCCCACCACACCGGCCGGCCGACACACCGACCGCCUGUACCAAGUUGCCACCUGGUGCUGGAGCGAAGUCCCUGCUGAACGGCCAUCGGUGCACGAGCUCCGCGAGCUGCUCGGGCACCUCCAGCGCGAGAACAGCGACGCGCACGACUUUGAGUCUCGAUGGUGUGCACUGCGGCCCGACCGCGUCAAAGAUUACAAUCUCGCCCCGAACCACCCGGCCGCACUGUCCCUUUCCCGGCUUGGCUUCGAGAGUGACUUCGUGGCUGCCAGCCUCCAGAACCUCCACGGGAGCGCGGAAGACCUGCGCACCGAGCCGACCGUAGAAGAGGAGGAGGAACUUACUUCGUUCCACAUCUCGGAGGCAAUCAGAGACUUGGAUGCGAUCCUGGCGGCGGAGUCAGGGUCGACGGCGUCCGUCGACCUGCCCAGCGAGUCCACGCCCAGGCAGGAUAGCCUCGGCAACGAGUCUGUCGACUCGAGAGAGCUCAAUUCUCUCGGCUUCAAGAAGAGCGCCUCGGUGGAAGACCUGCUUCGCGAAGGGCCCGAGAAGGUGGCGGAGAUGUUCCGCAUCACGGUCAUUGACGACGUGGACGCCAGCGGCAGCGAGCCGCGCAGCCUCGGUGCGGACUCCGACAUCUGGAGGCGACUUGACGACGGACCUUCUGUGCAGACUCCUGGAAACGGUGCAGUGAACGGCAGUGUUGUCGGGGGCAGUUUGGUGUCACCGAAUGUGGGUAUCUGGGGCAGCGUUGGUGGUGGGGACACAGUGCCAGUUGCGGAAGUGGUCCCACGUCAAGCCGAAAGCGACGGCAUUCUGCGGAGCACGGCGGCCCCCGAGGACGUAAGUAGCCACGGAGGAGUCUCGGGACGGUUUGGUGGUGGUUGCACUUCGGCACGUGACUGUUUCCCGAACCCUUCAGCCGCUAACUCCAUCGACCGUGGCACGCUGAGCACUAACACCCCAGACGCUUCCUCCGGUGAUGCCCGGCGGGAAGCCAACACUGAUCUGUGCCCCCCUGUGUUCACUUGCAGCCAGAGCGGCGACGACUCUGAGACGCCGACGCCUGCUGCCGCGGCGCCCGAGCCCGUGACGCAAGGCGGCAGCAAUGACAGCCGUGACAGUGCUUCGUACGUGACGGCGCCGGAGUCGGAGGAGUCGAGCUAUGGGCUGGUGCCGGAACUCUUGGAACGGGCCGCGUCUGAGUCGGACACAAUGUUUCUGACCGCCAUGCCAGAUGGCGACAACACAUCUGACUGCUCCGACGCAACUCUGGCAGACGACGACAACUUUGCGAGUCCGCUGGCACAUGGUGUGCGUUCUUCGUCGCCGCCUGGGGAAUGGCAUAGCCCCGGCGUGUCUCCCAUCCCAAAGUGUGCGUCGUGGAACCUGGGGGACGAUGUGGAGGAGUCGGCGCUUUCAGACCUGACUGUAGACGAUGAUGUGGGGAAGGGGGGUUCCUCGUAUGAAGACUCGCUCGCCAUCACCGAGAAUUCAACGGUGAACGAGAUGCGCAGGAUUGCUAAUGAGGCAGCGGCACAGCACCACCAGUCCAUGCAGAAUGAGCCAGUGCUGGCCAAUGGAGAUUUGUGCAAUGGGCCAGAAGCAUUAGACGAUGGGGACUACAGUGACGACGAAGGGCUUGUGGAAUACGACCUCAACGACAUCUCCGCGGCUCUGGACGACGAUGCUGAAGGCAGCGGAGGCGGUGGGCUGCCGUCACCACGGUCGGCCUGGCCUCCGCUCGAAGACUCGCCCAUGUGCGGUGAGGAAGAAGAGAUUCUGAUGGUGAACACACUGACGCAUGAGAUCACCGUAAGGCCAGCUGCGGGCAUAGUCUUCGACGGCCGCGAGGUGCUUGCCGGUGUGGAAGAGGGGGAAGAUGGGGAAGCCAGCCCUCUGGGAACACCCGAACGAAAGCAGCAAGUGGACAGGAAGCGCGAUGGUCUGGCUGAUGAUGCCGAAGACACGGAUGACACGAGCAGCACGGGAACGUCGUGCACCUCCACGUCGGGCUCAUUCGAGUGCCUGGCACAAGAGGAGGCUGACGGCACGGUGGAAGGCGUGGUAAACGGCACGGUAGAUGGUAUGGUGGAUGGUGUAGUGAAAGUGGGAAGCGCUGUGGCAACGCCUCCGGCUCAGCGACCGCGCAGCUUGGAAUGCAGUCCCACCUCCCCGAGGCGCGUCAGCACUUGGGACCGUAGGGCCACGCCCACCAAGUCUGCUCUCAAGUCGGCCAGCGGCAACAAGCGAAAGCCUAGUGCGGGAAAGGGCUCAACUUCACUGCGCAAGACUGUGUCAUUCCAUGACGUCAUCUCCUCAGUGCACCACUACUCGGCUGACGAGGAGGCACCUCCGUCACCCCCGCCAUCUGCGCCGCCGUCGGCGUUCGACUAUGCCGGCCUCAAAGACUGGGAGUUCCCGCUCUGUUUGGACGAGGAGUUUCCCGAAGCCACCAACGGGGGAAGUAGCUCUAGCAGCAGCAGCAGUGAUGAGGAGGACAACGUGCCCUCCAGGGGGCACCGGGGGCUGCGCAGCCUGCCCGUGCGUCCGCGCAUCACCAAGCUCGGAAGCACCUUCGGGUCUGCCGCGGCAUCGCCCCUCUACUGCAUUGCCGCACUCUCGCAGGAUGACCUCCCCACCACGGACGACGAGGAGCUGCCCACGGAGCUGUCCCUUGCAGAGGAGCCAAGCGAAGAUCUGUUGAUCAACCAACGACCCCCGUGGGACUCCUCCAUGAGCGACCUGUCUAACUUGGAUGGAUCGGACGAUGCGGACUCCCUCAGGUCGGAGAGCCCCGCCAGGAAGUCCUCCACCAUGGCUAGUGCCAGUCUGAACUUCGACCUGAAUGCCAACAGCAACCUCCGCCCGCUGCGCAACACCGCCAUUGUCGAAGACUCAAACGCCAAUAGGAACGCUGGCACGAACUUGGCACCUGCAGCCAAUCACCACCAGGCUUAGGGCAGUGCAUGCGAAAUGUGUUGUUUUGAACGCCGAGACUGCCUGGCACUUUCAUGAAGGUCCCUCCCUCUUCUAGCAGUAAAACAGGGACUUGCCGUUUCGAGUGGCCGAGAGACACAUCGAAGAAAAGACUUUCGACUGUCUCCAGACUAUAAGAGGAUUUCUAAAAAACGGUAGUCACAUUGCCUUGUUUGCUGGAGGGUUUGCCAAGCCAGCACUUGGGGAGUCCGUGCAGUGGUGCUGCGAUGACUAAGGCUGCGGUGACCAUAGGUCGUCAGUAACCUCGUCACGUUGAAGACCAGCCAUCGAGUCAACAGUCCAUUGUCGUACACACCAUAGUCAUCUCCUGUACUUUGAACUGUGCGAGUGUCGGGCAAGUUGGAGAUCUGGUGAAAGGGUCUUGUAUGCUCCUGUUUGCAUACGUUCCAAUGCUCUAAUGGCAUGGCCAUGCACGACCUGUCAAGAUGCUGUCUACAAAAAGCUGAACAAUGAAUAAGAAUGUUUGCAUCUGUGAUUUUAAAACAAUGUGUUAUUGAAGGACUGUAAAGUUGUGUCGCUGUUUCGUCAUCCUUGGCACCUGCCGUCGUUUCUCCUCUCGGGGCCUGUGCGACGCAUGUACGAGCUCUCUGAGAUGGUUCUGCAACGAGCUGCGCAGGCCGUUGUGCCAAGAAGUCCGGUCACUUUGUGACCUUCGAGUUCCCAAAUGAAGUCCGCACCCUCAGGUUUACCAGUCAUGUACAGACACUUUUCGUGUAAUCCCAUUUACUUGCCCAUUCCUUCGUGUUGUGUCGCCACGUUUGAUGCUCUCUUCCGAGAACUGAGCAUCGUCCACAACGCUCGACUACCAUUUCCGAGAAAUAUGUUCCCUCCACUGUUUGUCCCAACACUGUUGUGCACUCUUCACUGGCCGUGUUGCGAUUGGUUGAUCUACAGAGCUGGUGGGCACUUUGACUAGUGCAGUAGAAGCAAGUCGACUUGAUUGAACAGAUUGAUUGGUGCCAUCUUAGUGCAAGCUUAAAGGCCACAAAGUUCUGGUGACAUCGGACAGUAUCAUUAUUUGCGCUCUGGUAUCCACGGAGAUACCAGAUGGUUCUUGCAUAGUAAUUUGGGGGUCAUUUGCACAGGGUAUGUCUAAAUGCAAGCUUGCCAUUUACGUCCUGGGAGGCCAGCUUCGCGCGUGUUGAUCCUGAGUUAUGUGCAGUGAUUUGGCGAGCAUUGAAAAGUGAAGUUUUCGGAAUUCGUUUCCGUGUUUGUGUUUGCUAACUUAUCACUACACGUGUGAUUUUGUGAUGAAGUGAUUUUUGUAAGUUGUUUAGGAAAAGUGGCCUGUUGUGUGUUGGUCGCGAUGCGACAUCUGUCUUCACAAUUAUAUCAUUGUGUUUGCCUGUUUCAUAGCCAAUGUAAUUUUGACUAGUUUUACCUGCAAAAAAUUUGAGUUUCAGCCUUCUUUCAAGAGAAACAAAUUAGCGAUGUGGCAAAGUGUUAAUUUCUGAAGUAAGCGUGACGUCAAAAGGUAAGCACUCUUUUGUACAUUGCAUUAUGACAAAGCUGUCGCCAGCAACGUGGUGGGGCUAAAAAAAGAUUUGGUCGUUAUCUUUUUGGAGCAGAUUGGUGGUUCUGUCAAGGGGAUGUGUUGUCAUUACGUUUGAAUGCACUUGCAACUGUUGCUUCCAACACAUUGCCUUCCAUAAAGGCUUUCCUUUGCACAGCCACUUUGAACAAAGUUUGGUCUCUUAGGUUUUGCACUACAGGCUUUUAGUGCCAUGCGGUGCACACGUGACGUGGUGGGAAUAUGACACUCGAGACUACGGGUGUCAGCUUUGAACCAGACUCCUCUUAGCUGAAAAUUGAAGUUUUUAUUUGGGGAAUGGUGUAAAAAGUUGGGACUGAGCACACAGUGCUACUGGCUAAAGCGUGCGAGCGUCGCUCGGAGUGGAAUGUACGGGCUGUUGGGGAUUGGAGGCACUUUCGGUGGCUUGGAAAACAGCUUGUUUUUCAGAGGUCAUACCAGAAUUUCACUGUUUGUGGUGAGAGACUGACGUGCUCAGACGUGUGUGGGUGAGAAAGAGAUCUCAGGUAUAGAAAUGAUGCCGAGCGAGCAUCGCCUUGGAGUCGGUGCUAGGAGCAGCGCAGAUGUUUACGAACACUAGUUUUACGUCAGACCAUGCACAUAAGUACACCCCCGGCUGUUCCCUUGUAAUUGCAGUCUAUGUGUUCUUUUUAAUCAAACUGACAAUGUAUACGUGAGAAGCAUAGUGCAAUCAAAUUCGUUUACUUCCAUACAUCUGUGUAUUUUCAUUCAGUGUGUAAGAAGGCGUAUUCCUUAUUACUGUAAUAUAGCCUAUGUAAGAGAUUUGGGUGGUGGUUUGGGGGUGUAUGCUAUAACACUCCACUAAAGGUGUGUUUCAGUUGAGAUUAUGUGGCCCUUACUCAAGGUGGCCGGGCCGUCUUAAUUUCAAGUUUUCUUAUGAUCCACGCUUGUUUGUUUCUAUGAGCUCCUCUUUUUCCAUUGACGGCCGCUCUGUUUGUGGGACACUGCCAAGCUUUUCGUUCCGUCAGGUUAUCAUGAAAACAUGGCUCACUGUAGUACGUUCGAUUGAAGCAUAGUCUUCAAUUUUUCCGUUUUUUUUUAAGGCUCUCUUGUAAUUUUCAAGCUGAGUGUGAAAAAGUCGGAGUACAACCCUUGUUAGAAUAUGCAGUUCCUUUUCAGACCAUCAGACUUGAGCAGACCAGAUUUGUCAUCAAGUUUGUCUUUAUUUUUUUUUUAAGAUUGUUUGAUUUUGUUCUUGUUGGCUCAUAUUUUUUUCAGUAGAUUUAUUUCGUCCAUCAUUUUCUCGUUGUGCUGGUGGCCUAUCUACUCAUGUAAUAAUGCCAGCCCGCGUUACCUUUAAAGCAUUGGAUUCUCGCGUUCAUGACCAUUACAUCGCUUUCAUGUCUUUCCAGUCAUUCGCUCUCGUUUCUAGUUGCUCCCAGUUUAAGACCUGCAUGAUGAGAAACGUUGGUAUUUCUUUUUUGUUUUGCACGCUGUGCAUCGCUGGUUUAGAUUUUAAAUACAGUUGGGUAUUUCUAUUUUUUGUGUCAUAUUUGGUGUGUUUUUUUUUUACGUAUGGAUGUUGGGAGAGCUAGUGAGGCGUGGCUGGCUAAAUAAUUCUCGGUGAUGUACGUGUGCAUGAAUCUCGUCAGGGGAGUGUGCAAGUACUUGCAUAGUUCCGAAAUAUAUUACUUUAAAUAUUUUUAAUGGUUAGAAUAGGAUAAGAAAAGUGCACCACACAAAGUUUGGGUGUAGAUAUUUAUUUACAUUAAAGGGCAUCAAAGUAUUCAUGAAAUUUCUGUGGGUGACACGCAAUAAAUAGCCUAGCGUACCUGUUAUGAAACCACACUAAGGUCUCGCCGACUCUUAACUUUAGUGAAAGCAUUAUCUAAUAGUUUGCAUCAUCUAAUCGGAAUGUGAGAUCCUCACUGUCUACUUCUAAUUGGCCGUAAUGGGAGUUUUACAGGAGAAACAGUUCUGUGCGAUUGGUAGGUGUCCUGUUCUUUGGCACGGAAAAUUACUGGCACGGAAAAUUGGCAGACACGAACCUUAGCCGUUGCUCCAACACAGCUAGUUGGUGAGUUGAGAUGUUUGGUUUCACCAUCUCAACUGCUUCCAAAAGCUGCUUUACAGCUUCCAUAUUCCUGUGUUCUAUAUGCAACAGUUGCUAAAAAAACGCAAGGUCGGGUAAGUCAUCUGGUAAUUGAAGUGAUGCACUUUUUAUGGGCAAACCGAUUUCUUCUUUCUGAAAAGCAGGAUUGUCAUGUGUGAACGCCCGCGCCUAGUGAACUGAAAAUGAGAUGCUAGGUGCUCUGUGUACGGGGUUUAUUGAAUCCUUGGCUGCAACACUUUCCAGCAAACAGUGAAACUUUCUUUGAGUGUGGAACCUUCUGUGUGAUGGCUUCCACGCACGCCAGAUGCAGAAAACGGAGAAUGGAAACCGCUAAGUUGGAAAGGGGAACCUUAGCUUGUUCCAAAUUUGUUCCUGUGGUGCAGUUUUUCGUGGAAUCUGCAGUUGCUAUGGAACUUUCUUGUACUCCUUGCCUUUGUAAUUGUGUGGGAAGGAGGUUUCGUUGGACAUGGAGGGUAGUGGAGAAUUGUGUCCUCGGUAUAAGUAUGCUUUGGAACUGCUAUUUUGAUGGGCUGUUCAUCCUUUUAGACUUGCUUGUGCUGAAAAUUGCUGGUAGCUUUUAUUCUGUGUGCAAACCUUCGACAACGCACUAUGUUUUUUAUUUUACAGAGGUCGCACAAAAUUUAUUUAGUACCUGAAUUGUGCUAUAACUAAGUUUGAAGUUCUGCUCGGUCAUGGAAAGGACAACCCUUCAGUCUCGUAAAAUGCUUCAAAGUUGUAGCGAUUUCUGCUCUGCUUUGAUAUCUAUCCACAUAUGUGUCAAAAUUGCGAUGUCAAUCAACUUGCAGCUUAUAGCAGCUAUGUUGCAUGUAUGAAGAAUGUUGGUGGAGACGUUUGGGCAGUUGUCUAAGUACUAAACAUUUCUAACUCUGCUUCUCUAUGGCGAUCCAUAUCGGCUCUCCAUGGCGAUCGGGUAGCAGUGUCAUUUUUUUCUUGUGUAUCCUUUCAUUGAUAUUUAUAGGGAAAUAAAAGGUGCUUGUAUUUAAAGGCAGUAUUAGUAUUUUCUUGUGAAUAUGGAACAUUUUUCCCGUCAUGUUCUCGUGCAUUAUUUGUUGUUUCUAAUUUUGUGAAGUGGCUUCUGUGAUUCUGCAUAUCCUGUUGAAGUAACAGCAGUUUUUUUUUCGAUGUGUGAACUAUAAUGUGCUCUCAUGUUUAAAAUACAAGUGCACAUUUUGGCAAAAUUCUUGCAUUGCUCAUGUGUUCUAUGUCAAGUAUUGCUUACUCAGGAUUCAGACUGUGUACUCAAUGUGACUUGUAAAUACGCACCAAAUAUUGUUUAUCAAAUGUCUGCGGCCAGUGUCUGGGUUAGUCUUGAUAAAUUUUGUCACUUUCUGUUUUACAGCUGUCAUCAGAAUCGUAUAUUUUCUAAGGGGCCUACAGUGUUAAUUUUUUUUGCAUAGAUUGAUUACCAUGUCUAGAGUAGCGUGUGAAGAUCAUGCUAUUAGUUACGAAGUGAGCCUUAGUUACGCAGUGAGCCUUGCCUUGUAGUUCAGUUAUUUCAUCACGGGGACUUGGUGAAUAUGUUAGCAUAAAGACAAACCACUUGAAAUGUGUGUCUUUCUUUCCACCCGUUGCCAUAUUCUGCUGCAUGCUUCUUUUUCAGAUUGAUCCCAUAUCCUGACCGAUAAUUUUGUGCACUGAAGUUGUGGGCGCUUUUGCUCAGUAGUCGUAUACCAUUCCUCGGAACGCUGUUGGAAGGUUGGCUUAGGUAAACAAAGGGGAUUAGUUCGACUUCCAAAAAUUUGGGAGUGCACGCAAAUUUGUGGUGUAGAAAGGCGCUAGUUUGAAGCGAGUGUUGCUUCACGCUCGCUUCGGUUUUGAAGCUCAUAUUCUGUAUGGAAUAGUUGUGCGCAGUAUAAUUUCAUUACAGAUAAGUGCAUGGAGAUGCCGCCACAGCGGCUGUCGUUUUAAAGGUGGGCUUUCACAGACCGCGCUUUGCACUAUUACAGGUCAUUGCAAGCCUUGCAUUUCUCGUAUGUUCUACGAGGUUGCAGCGUUCUGAUUUUGGUAUCAUACUUUUGGGUUCAUUUCACUGUAGAAUGAUUUCAAGCAUUCAUAUACUAACUAGGAUUCUAUCCCUUGUGAUUUUACUGGUUAAGAUAGUAGCAGGUGGGAAGUGUGCAAGUUCUUGUCGAUACGGAAAUACCAAGAUGAUUCUAUGCUUGACUUGAUGUACAAUCGAAAAGUGUGCAAGUUGUAAAUCCUUUUCCAUUCUAAGUUGGCUCCCCCAUAUCUACCAGCCAUCGUUAGUCACAAUUAGCCCAUGCGCAAGAGUGGUGUAGCACCGCAAGUCCGUACUGUACAUAGUUUGCGUGGCUCGGGAAAGGUGCCGUUUUCACUAUGGGAAAAUUAUGGUUGUGCUUAUAUUUAUUCGUCCCACGACAUGCUUAAGACGUGUAGAGUGGCUCACCUAGUGGAGCAUCGAGAAUAAGAGUGCCAGUCGUAGAAUAAAGCAGUGUAUUUUUCUUCCCUCCCGUCCUUCUAUACACCGCAAUAGUUUUAUUUAGAGUACCGUUUAGGCAACGCAGCGUAUCUGUCCUGUUAGCGGUGCGCGUGCAGCGCGUGCGUUGCCAUGUUGAAGUUUGUGUAGUGGUUUGAAAACUCUGUAGUCAACCUCGUGCAUUGUGUACAUAAAUAAAAGAUGACAUAGCUA